AUGGAGGUACCAUCACAACGACCUCCAUCUAGAGCUCCAUCUCGCAGACUAACCCAAGUACUCGGUUCCCAGGUGCCCAAAGCCCGGGGAGCUGGCAGGUCAGGCCCACGUCGCCGAACGGGCUGCCUGACAUGCAGGGCCCGGAAAGUGCGCUGCGACGAAACAAAACCAAGCUGCUCAAACUGCGAUCGACUACGACUGCGCUGUGUCUACAAACCCCCUACUGCCCUCGGUGACUCCUGGGCUUCACCACCACAAUCCAAUAACUUUUCCUCAGCGCAUGCAUCCCAGACUUCCCCGUCACCCGCCAUAAGCACCGUUUCGCAAACAGCGUCAGUAUCAGCAGCCGCUGUCGCUGCAUCUGCAUCUGCAUCGCAUCGCUCGCCUGAUCUGAACUUUUUCAACACUGUGCUUCGUUCGGACGAUCGCCAUCGGACGAUCCCCGCGCUAGCUACACCGAUUCGACGACUCCCCACGGAUUCAGAGUACCCGGUGCUCGGUGGACCAUUCGAUAUGCUUGGAUUUAUGGGAGGGAUAACCUCUGAAUUGGAGCAAAAACAUAUCGAUUUAACUAGCGGACUUGCAGCAUUUGCCUCUAGUCCCCCACAAACGCUACCAGCAUCCGCUGGUAGCGCCACAGAAGAAGGGCAGUUUUCUGGAACUCGACCUCCAACCCUCAGUCCAGGCGCACAAUCGUCUCUAGCUGACGGGACGUCCGUUGGUAGCGCUUCAGAUGCGGCGACCACACGUGGCAGUGGCAGCUGGUCUGACCCCGGCACCACUUCUUAUGAAGAGCAACUCCUCCAGCAUUUCCUAGGAAGUGAUCCGCCCGCAGGACUAUUUGCGCCAGUGGCUAUGGAAUGGAAGUAUGUACGACCGGCGGUGCUGGCAUAUGGACGAGACUUUAGUCCACUUUUGAAUGCGUUGUACUGUUAUUCAGACAUCCACAAGGCGGUUACAGAAGGAGGGAAACGAUGGCGCUGGGCGCCGACAUACUAUCGAGUAGCGAGCUCAGAAAUCCAGGCGUGCCUGCUUGGUGAUGUGACUGAGCCAACAUUGAUCAAAAUAUUUGCGACUAUCUUUUUCUUGAUGUUAUCUGAGCUCUUUUCAUCUCCCGAGCUAUGCGCUCCUGGGACCUCAUACCUCCACUCUGCUUACCUUUUACUGCAACGAUUCGACAGCCGAACAAGAAACUGGACGGGCCUUGGGCAUUUGUUGGCGUCGUGGGUUUCGCUACUCGAUGUAAAAUCACUAAUCGCAGGACGUGAAGGCGACCCGUUAGUUGAACUGAGCAAUAUCUCCGAACAAGGAUCAAACUCUAGGUUAGAGGCACAAGGUGCGCGGGGCCCCCGAGCACCAGUCGAGGAACCAAAGGAGGAUGGGGCUGAAGAGCAAUUCCACAGCCCAAGCUAUCUAGUCUACGAGGCAAUCGUGGGCCCAGCAUUCCGGUUCUUCGUACAAGCACAACAAGUUGUACGGCGAAUAGUCUCGAUCGAUCUACAUCACCGCAGCCGCGGAACCCUCAGCGAUGAAUUCGAAGUCCUUCAAAUCGCACACAAAGUCGGCGCAGACCUUGAAACACUCUGGCACCGCCGCCCAUCCGUGAUCGAUGUAUACGGGCACCCAGAAGCACUAACAGAUACACUCUGCGCACCCAUAGCCCUUGAAGUCUGUCGCACAUUCCGCCAGUACAUAGCCAGCUUUCUGGCCAAUUUUAUCUACCUACAUCGCGUUGCUUUCGCCAUCUACCCACGCACUGAUCGUGUCAAUGGCGCCGUCAACCAAAUCAUCCACCUCGCAACCGUUGAAUCGGCCGGUACCGAAGAUGACCAUCUUCCUGUCAGCUUUCUCUGGCCAUUGUUUAUUGCUGGCUUGGAAGGUUCUCUGGAACAACGGCAAUGGGUCUUUCAGGAGAUGCAGCGUAUGGCAUCUGCUCGCGAGAACGAGACAGCUACGUCGUUCAGACGUCAUCCGUCUGCUGAGCAGGUUCUUCUGUUAUUGGAAGAAAUGACUCGACGGCAGGAUGCGUCGCGGACUUGGGCGGAUUCGCGGUGUGUGCGGCGGGAGCUCUUCUCGGACCCUUUUAUCCUGAUUUGA